UUAUAUUAGUGCAGAACACUGUACCUUUAAUUUAAAUGCCCUUGGAGUCUGCUGGGGAAGAGAAAUAAUACUGUCAGUCAGUAUGACAUGCAGAUGAGUGCCGUCGAUCUUAGAAUCACCGCACACUUCACUCAUUUGGGCAGUCACGGGGCCAAAACCAGAGUGUGGAGCCACAGUGUGGCGGUGGAGGCAGCAAUGGGAGGCCAUACAGCACCCUAUGACAAAAUGGAACCCACCAGCAGUGUGAGGAGAUCUGAAAGUGGCACAUGGCAGAGUGUGGCGAUGGAGACAGCAGCAAUGGGAGGCCGUACAGGGACCCAUGACAGAUUACGGGCCUGGCAGCAGCAUGAGGAGUCGGUACGGGGGCCCAUGGCAGAUUACGGGCCUGGCAGCAGCAUGAGGAGGCGGUACAGGGGCCCAUGGCAGAGUGGCGGAGCCCGUCAGCAGCGUGAGCAGACGACAGAGGCACAU